CAUAAGGGAGCUACAGGGAAUGACAUUGCACGUUGUGGGGAGGGCACUGGAGGGAGGAAGGGGUGGCACUGGGGGCACCUGGCAGUUGUGUGCCCUCCUGAGCCCCCCGUGCCAUUGGCAGGGCUGAAGCAGGAGCUGUUCCAUCGGCACAAGGAGGCCCAGCAGUGCUGCAGGCCCCACAACUUGCCAUUGCUCCGUGCAGCCCAGCAGCGUGAGAUGGAGGCUAUGGAGCAACAGAUCCGAGAGGAGCAGCGAAUGAUGGAUGAGAAGAUAGUCUUGGAAUUGGACCAAAAAGUAAUCGACCAGCAGAGCACCCUGGAGAAGGCCGGGGUGUCUGGCUUCUACAUCACCACCAACCCCCAGGAGCUGACUCUACAGAUGAAUUUGCUGGAGCUGAUUCGGAAGCUGCAGCAGAAGGAAGCUGAGGCUGAGAAGACUUUUUCCUGAAAGAGCAAAUCUACUGUUCACCUCCCAGAGUUUUUCCUCUGACUUCCCUCUAAACAGACUGUCCAUGCAUUUUCUUUGUUUUGUGUCAGGAAGAGGCUACAGGAGUAGAAGAAAUUGCUGAGACACUUAGAUUAGAGCUGGGGUAGGCAGAGCCCAGCACAGGGGAUGGUUUGGAGCCUGGGGAUGGCUCUCAGGUCCUCAGAGCAGUGUCAGCUGCAUCUGGCUCAGCUGGGAGAAGAUGGAGCAUGGUCACCUGCCAGGAGUGACCUCAGUGAUGCUGAGGCCAUCACUGAGCCAAGGCUGGGCUGAGCACUGAGCACACAGAGCCCCGCUGUGUGAGGCUGGCCCUGUGUUUAGAUUAUAUAACUGGGGAGGGGGGAACAAUUCCAAGGAUGCUUCUGUGUGUUGUUAAGGCAGGAACAACCUCUUAGACAGGCAGACCCUUCCCAGAGUCUCCUCCAGGCUGGUACCAGCAUUAUCUGUAUUCAUUUAUCUGUAUACUGGCCAGCAUCAUCUGUAUUAAAGGAGGAUUUCAGGCCUCAGCCCAGAGUUACUGGACUGGUGUUUGCAGUGUUCCCAUUGACUCAGAAAGCAGAGCUUUUGCUUUCUUCUUUUAAACCAGUUUCCAAAUUAAGAAAAAUAAAACACUUUCCUUUUGGGGCUGCAGCUUUCUGAAUGCCA